UUUGCGAUGACCUCAUCCCUGGUGUGGGAUGACGUCAAAUUCAAGAUGGAUGGAAUCACGACCAGCAGGCUGAAAGCUACACAACAGUGAAUAAAGUCCUGGCUGUGUGGAGGCGAGACCGUUUUCACGACGGGAUGGCCAUGGAGAGCCUUGUGAAUUACAGUAACCCCUCCCAUGCCCUCUCAGUCCUGGGGCUCCUCAAUGAGCAGCGGCUGCAGGGCCAGAUGUGUGACGUGGUUCUAGUUGUGGCAGACCAGAGGUACCGGGCCCAUAAAAGCGUUCUUGCUGCCAGUAGCGAGUAUUUCCAGUCUCUUUUUACACGGACGGAUGGAGACUCGCUGAGAGUUGUGAACCUGGACUUCUGCGAACCCGACGCCUUCGAGAUAGUUUUGAAUUACAUCUACUCCUCCUCGCUCUUUGUCGACAAAAGCAGCCUAGCGGCCAUUCAGGAGCUGGGCUACAGCCUCGGGAUCCCUUUUCUCACAAACAUCGUGUCGACCAGGCCUCAUGCAUCCUACUGCGUAUCCAGAAAACGCCUGUCGUACUCAGAGGAGGAUGAGAAUGAUGUCCAGACAAGGAGUGUUAUUGUGUGUCGGGUCCAGAACAACACAGCCCACCCCUCUCACUCAAAUUAUCAGGGAAAAUCAUCAGAGAGAUCUCCAUCUCAAUAUUCUCCUCGAAUGGUGGCUCGGGUUUCAUCCGAACACGACUCACACGAGUCAGUCAAAAACUCUGAGUCCAGUUGGAAAACCUCAGAGCAGAACGAACCCCCUGAGAGGAAGUCCAACUAUCCAUAUUCCCCCAUACUGAAAGGAAACUCAUCACACAUCACCUCAGUCAGGCCUCAGCUGACAUCAUCAGUGUCUUUCAGUGACGUUGACGUGCAGCCCAUCAGGGUGCAGUCUGGUUCUGACCAGGACACCAAAGAGGAGAACGAAGAGGUUGACCACCGCUAUCAUAAUAAUGUUCCCUUCCAGGGUCAGGCCAGGAAGCUGAGCCAAGCUACUGACCGGAGCGGCCCACUCAUAAAAAGCCUUCUCCGGAGAUCACUGUCCAUGGACAGCCCUGUUCCAGUUUUCUCCCCAACGCUGGAACUCAAAGAUCUCCAAAGCCAAGAACAAUCAGUUGUCAAAAUGGCCUUAAAGGCAUCAGGAGCUGAAGCAUUCACCCACAACGGCAACUCCACUAAAGCGUCCCCUUUGGUAUUAAGGUCCAAGCAUCUCAACAGGUAUGAUAAAGAAACUCAGGUAGAAGGCGAUGUCAGUGUGAAAGCUGAGCCUAGCAGUCCCCUCGCUGAUCCCAUGGACAUUGUUCGGAUCACGGUUGGAGAUGCUCUGCCAGUUAAUCUCAAAGAUUUCCAAACAAAUUACAACCAGGGCACCAGAACAGAUUAUAGUCUUCCAGGGAAGAGGAGGGACCGGCCUGACAACAGAAGGUACCCAUUUAAAAAAAGCAAAGUAUUCAAAGAACAUGUUGCUUCACAAGAGACAGACAUGUCACAGAUUGAGCCUCAGCAUGCAAACAACGACCCCGGUGAGAACAACGGGGAACCAUCUCAGAAUAAGAUUUUUAAAUGCUGGAACUGCCUAAAGGUUUUCCGCUCCAGUGCUGGACUGCACCGUCACGUCAAUAUGUAUCACAACCCACAGAAGCCGUACGCUUGUGACAUCUGCCACAAGCGCUUUCACACUAACUUCAAAGUGUGGACUCACUGCCAAACCCAGCAUGGGGUUGUUCAAAACCCAGCUUCAUCCUCUAGCUCGUCUGUGCUGGAUGAGAAGUUCCAGAGGAAGCUGAUAGAUAUUGUGAGAGAGAGAGAAAUAAAGAAAGCUUUGCUCUGGAAGCUGAAGAGAAAUAAACAAGGUUUGCAGUCUCCUUCGCUUGCCAAAAAGAGAUCAAGGUCCAGCUUUGUGUGUCCCUACUGUGGCAAAGUGUUUUUGUUCCAGUCCCAGUACAGGCAGCAUCUAAGGACACAUCCUGCUGAAAAGGUCGACCAGGACGCAGGGAGUGAGAGCGUCCUCUAUCCGGAACAGGAUGAGAUCCUUCAACAGAACAGCACCAACGCUGGUGUUUACUCCUGCAGGCUUUGUAAUGUUGAGCUGUCAUCACUUAUAGAACAGGGCGACCACGAGAGAGGCUGUCGACACGCUACUGUGUGCCCUUACUGCGGCCUCCGCUUCUCAAGCCCGGUUGUUAAAAAGGACCACGAGGCCCACUGUAGGUACAAGAAACUGACAUGCCUAGAGUGCAUGCGUACCUUCAAAUCUUCCUUCAGCAUAUGGCGCCACCAGGUGGAAGUCCACAACCAGAACAUGAUGACUGGUAAAAACCAGAUUCACCUGAAGCAAUCAGAGGACAAUAAAGAGGCGCCGGACGUACUCAGAGAGGACCCUUACAGCGAUGAGCCUUCAGGCCCCAGGAACUUUCCAGAGAACAUCAGUUACAGUGACUCAUCAGGUCCACCCAUGUACGACUCAGAGGACUCCUCGUCCUAUGUGCCUGAGGACCUGAGCAUGGGCCACCAUGGCAAACUGGUGGUGAAGGAAGAGCCGUUAGAGGAGGCAGUGAGUGAGAGGGACAGCUCAGACGCUGGCAAAGCUGGGCCUGAGGAACCUGGGGUGUGGCCGUGCGAGAAAUGUGGCAAUCUGUUCAGCUCUCGCAAAGACCUGGAGCGACAUCAGGAGCUUCUUUGCCACAUCAAACCAUUCAUCUGCCAUAUCUGCAACAAAGCUUUCAGGACCAACUUCCGCCUUUGGAGCCACUUCCAGUCCCACAUGUCGACUGCCAGCGAAGUCGGAGCCAAAGAUAUGAACAUGCAUGCUCCUCCCCUGUCUCCCUCCCCGCCCCUGACUCCCCAGAACUCCGAGCGCCGCUCCCCACAAGCCUCUGUGCUCAGAUCUCCUCAGGCACCAGCAGCAGCAACGAUCCCUGAGGAGUCGAGCAGCCCAGAGCCUUGUAGCUCAUCGAUGAACAGGACAAACAGGCCCGGAGUGGAACCCAGCGGCCAUGGCUCUCUGUCCAGAUCGAACAGCAUGGAGAAUCCAGGCGGCCCCCACGACCCGGACACGCUCUUCUACCACGCGCCGUCUCUGUCAGCGCUGACGUUUAAGAGGCAGUACAUGUGUAAGCUCUGCCACAGAACCUUCAAGACGGCCUUCAGCCUGUGGAGCCACGAGCAGAGCCACAGCCACAUGUAGUGCUGACAGAGCUGCCUUUUUCUGAACACUUUAUAUUAAAAUGAGCACAUCUCAGCAUACAAAACCAGACUCUGAAUGUAAAGCUUAUUAGCUCGCCUCCAGUUGUAUAUUUCAAAGUUGCCAUGUUUGUUAGAGGUAUGAACAUGAAUGUGCAAUCAAGUGCUAGAUUCCUCUACGAGAUUAUUAUAAAAAGCAGUUACUUCUUUGAAAAUGGUGUAUAAGAAUAUAUCUUUUCAACAUCUUUAGUUGUUUGUAUUUACUUAGGUAUGUGCUUGGUGAAAAACAAGGUACAGAGUUGCUGCCCAUUUUACGUCAGCUUGUAUCACUUUAGUUGUAAACGUGCAGCUUGAAGAAGAAACAGCUAAGUACCUUGUUCUUUCAGGGUGAGGAGGAAAGUGCUUUAAGGUUUUCAGGCUGCUUUUAAGUAAAAAAUAAUGCUUUUGUAUUUAUGUUGGCUCUUUCUUGGUGUGAGUGGCGUCCCUUAAGAUACUAUUGGUGGCCUCAACGAUAUAAUCAAUAUGCACUUUGUUUAAAAGCUUAACUCUGUUACAGGAUGAAGUGGACACCACUGCUUCAGAUCAUUUAGUUUGGUGGAGUAAAACGAGAAGUUAAAACUCCUACUGUCUGUUACUGCCUUCUCACCAUUUAAUGGAUUCACUGGAUUAGACCUGUAUUAUAACACAUGACCCAGCACAUACUUUGACAAUGAGCCCACUAGAUUAUGUUCUUUUUUUCUACAUAUAAAUUAGAUAGGUCUGUACAAAUAUUAAACAUAUGGUUGAAUAAAAUAAAAAUAAAAGUCUACAAACCUUGCCUUGAUGAUAAUUACAAAACAACUCCAACCAGUUUGCUGCUUUAAGCACCAUUCAAGUGUUUGGCUCCUAGUUUUAUUGUUUACAUAAAUCUGAAAUGCUAUGCUAGUCAUUUUUAUUAGCAUCACAGCUAAAGCUGUAGAAAACCUUAAAAUAACCUCACAUGUUAUUGCAGAGGCACACUGAGAAACAUGGAAAGAUCCCGCCUUUUAAUCUGAGUAUAUUUAUUCAGUGGAAAGGUUUCCAAUGUUAAGGAAUCGUUUUCACCAAGAUCACAGGCAGUGCAGUUGUUGGUAACCCCGUUGACUAUACUAGGACAGCAAUUAGUCUUCUGUAACAUUUUUUUCAAGGUUGGAGCAUACUGAGAAAGGACUCUCUGACUGUCCUGGGUUAUCUCCUAAACUGACUUCUCUGUGACCUACCUCAAGUGUUCUUCUGAAAAAGUCAGUCAUAGUCCCCAGCAAGCCUAGUGGCUAAAAGAAAGGGUCCUUAAUUAAAACUACGGGAAACAGAGAGUAAAGGAUUGCUUAUUAGAUGUUCUUAGAAAAUCUGACUAGUAUGAUGUUUACAUUUAAAAACGCUUCAGUACAUUUAUUUUACAUGUAUUAUAAAAGGAUUGUUAGGGGGGUACCAUUAACACUUAUUUUAAAUGUGCUCACCUAAAAAAACUGGGUUUUUUUUCUACGUUUCCCAGUGUGACUUUAUGUUGCUUCUGUAAAACAACACAAAUUUAUUUUAAAGACUUUUUCCACAUAUUUACUAGGGCUGCCAUUACCUUUGCAUCUGUAUAUACAGGUACCCAAUUACAACUACAAGUUCAUGUUGUGCUCAAUACAGUUCAUGGUUUUGUUUCACUGAGAAAUAUUAUAGAAAUAUUAUUUGUUCUAUUUCUCUGCUCCCUUCAGUUUCUGGUCCAUUAAGGCCUGCAGAACCACUGUCAUAUAGACAACCAUAAGCUGAGGGGUUUUAUAGGGCUUUGAUGGCCUUAUGCAGUUUUUUUCAACUUCUUUUUCUUAUCUUAGUUCACAUAAAAGCACAAAUAACUUUCGCAGGACUUGUUACUCAGGCAUUUUAAGGCGGUAAUGUAUAAAGGGGUGUCCCACAAAAAGUAAAUCCGAUUUAUUAAGAAUGAUGAUUAUGAUUGUAUUCCAGUGGUUUUGCAGUUGUAUUCUUGUACAAGUAUAUAUUCCUGCUUUUGGCUUGGUGGAUUAUAUCUUUGUCAUAAUUUAUUCUGACUGCUGCCAUUUAGGGAAGGUCUAAAUGGACUUUAAGGAUUAAUAACAUUCUGCAGGACGUCUGUAUUGCUAAUAGUGCUCUUAAUAUCUUGUGAGAAAAAGUUUUACAGAAAUAAUUAGACUUGUGUAAAUGGAAGUGUUUGUAUUCUGGAUUUUGUACCAUUUUUUUGUUAGCAAACAGAGGUUUGAUCUUUUUACUUUUCCUGUGCUCUCGCUGCAAUAAUGGAUAUUUGUAUCAGCAUUGGUUGCAUAAUUGUUGCUUUUGGAGACUGUUUUGUUUAGUUUUCUACAUUUAUUUUGUGCCACACUUCUGUAAUAAAGAGUAACAGUGGAGUAUA